AUGCCGCCCAAAGUCCGUCCCCACUUAUCUAAUCCGCGUGCCGAUCAUGAAGUCGAGUCUUGCAAUUCCACCGCUAGCCUUUUUCUAGGCGGCCGGCGCAAAUCUUGGAUGUUGAAUUCCAAUACUUUCACCUUCACUCCAAUUCACUCUCGUUCAGACUCGACUACUUCACUGUCUCCUUCGACCUCUCAGCCUCUCCCUCCCCCUCCUGCCCCUCCUCCACCACCGCUACCUUCGCGUACUCGUUGUCCUUCGAGUGAUAACAACGCCACCGCCGCCGCCAUUACCCCAUCCUCGUCUACUCCCGGACACGCGUCUAGCUCGCCGCAAGGCAUGCGAAAUCCGUCCUCGCUCUUGCCAUCUUCUUCUUCACGCACUCCGUUGAUUUCGACUCCGGCUUCUGCUGCGUCAUCGCCCCCUGGCAACCAACUGCCUGCUCCCGUUCCUACGUCCUCCGUUUCCGCUCCGGAUAAGGAUGGUCAAUCGGACUCGCAGGUGACCGCUACCACUGCAUUCGCGCCGGAUUCAAGUUUAAUGUCUCCAGUCACCCCAGGAGAGUCGCUUCACCAGCAACAACUACAAUUCCUACAGUUACAACGGCAGUCGCAGACACAGCACGUGAUUUCGUCUUCCCCCCCGGGGAAUCCGAGCUUAUCCACCGCGUCAACCACUGCAAUCCCUGCAACGACUGCCACGUCCGGCGGAGGUCAGACCAGCGCGCCUGGUACCAGUCAGGCUUUCUCCCUUCCCUCACCCGAUCCCAGCAAUCCAUCCUAUCCGAGCCCCUCAAGUGCGGUGGAUAAGACCACCGGAGAUCAGCCAUGUCCUGUUUUCCCGUCUCCAGCUACCAGACCGGCACAGAGACAAACACCGCAGUCACUGAAUUCUCCUCAGGCCAGGGACGCGGGACUGCCUGUAGCGGGUAAUUCGACUGCUCUGAACACCGUCGCGGUGUCCCCGCAGCAUAAUAGACCCCAUUCCUCGGCCUGUCCCGUUCCCAUGACACUCAGUACUUCAGCCUCCCAGCAGAUGGCUGGAUCCAACUCGACUGAAUUACCAAUUGACAAUGCCUUCUGGGCACAAUCGCAUCAGUUUCUGGACAUGUUUAUCAAAGAUUAUUCAAAAACGGUUGGCCUGUCAGACUCCGUGGAGUUUCCUCGCGUGCGUCUUCUCCGCGACGCUUGCAAUUCCCAAGACUUGUUGUAUUUGGCAUUGCAUCAAGCGUUUUGUCUCUCAACAUGGGAUCCAUCCCAGCUUUCAUCAUUUCCGGAAUUCUCUGGUCCUGCGGCUCUCGGUCUCAAAGUGGUUGAGCAGCUUCUGGUGGAAAAUCAGCGAUUGUCUCCUGGUUUUUUGGAAUGGUGUAGUCUAUUUCCUCACAGUUCCAACAUCAUGGCGACAAGCCCUCAGUACAGAGCGGCCUCGCACCAGGUCGCACGAUGCUUGGCCUCACUCCAUGAGAACUGGCAGGCAUAUGAUGCACAAGUGAGGGCGCGUGCCUAUCCUCCGUUGAUUGACGAGUUGGUGGUGCGGUUUGGAGUAACAUCCUCGGUGAUGCUAUCAAUUGUAUUUCUGGCUAUGUGUCGGCGGGUGUACGGAGGUAAACACGAAGCACAAUUGAAAGAUUUGUGGCUCCGUAACAAGCAAAAUUACAACCGUCGCUUUCAAAACCCACAACAAAUAAGCCCCGAGCAGAUGCGGCUUGAAAAUGAACGUUUGAUUAAGGCGUACCUGGCAUUGCAUACGGCGCAUGUUAACUCACCCCGAGUCGGCACUCCGGCAGUCGGUUCGCCACAGGUCAACUCGCCACAGCUUGUGACCGCUCCUCACUCAUCUAGCUCUCAUGUGAGGAGGCAAAGUAUGCCGUCACAACCACCGACACCAUCACUGCCAGCAGCUUCUCAACAACAUUCUCAGCCCGCAUCCCCUGCAACGAUAUCGUUUCCUGGGAGUAGAAGCCCGGUAGCAAGGGCACCCACUGUUCAUACGGGGCUUCAGCAUCACGUCAAUCAAAGCCCUCGUGUUCCCACAACUGUUGCUAACCCAUCCGCUCAAUUUUCCACAAAUGCGCACACCCGCAUUCCUAGCAGUGGUACUUUCCCAUACAGUCCAUUAGCACCCCCGGUUGAAGGUGCUUCGCCUGGUGCGUACUACCAUCCGCAAUGGAUGAUCACACGACAAAUGUUCGGGCCUACCAUACCGCCAGCUCGUGAAACGACACCUCCGUCAACAAAUACCAAUCCAGCACCAUCGGCGCCUGGACCACCGUCCCAGCAGGUUGCGUCCUCGCGUGCUCUUCAGGGUCGAACAACCUCUACGACGGCGAAUGCACCAAACACGGCUCGGGCGAGAGCUGGAAAUGGGGCGAACAGGCAGCCCCGGCAUCCAACUAUGUCCGCCUCUCGCGGCUCUGCUGUGGUCGGGCCACAGCGGACCUGGGCUCCUGUCGCUCAGACCACACUUCUUCCACAGCCUGGAUGGAUUCCGGUUAACACUGUUCGGCCAAAUUCUCUUCGAGUUGCCCUUCAUCAAGCUCAUCUUCGAGAUCCCAUGCUGAAAAUGAUUCGGCGAACUCCAACUGGUGAAGAAGAGACUGAACUCUUUCAGUAUCUACGGGCGUUCAUGGUGCCUCCCACCCCUUUGGGAUUGGUCGAAUGUGGGUUCCAUUGGAAUUUUACCCUAGGCCCUGCCCACUGUCAGAACAUGACUCGCUCUAUCUUCUGUGGGACCGGAGAACGUUCGCUACGAGUCCUCGCCGAGGGUUGCCAAACCUAUCGCCUCCGGUGCAUCAAGGUACCGCCAUCAGCAUCGAAACUUACUGGGCAUGAUUGGAGUGUCGCGGAGACAGUCUGGCCAAGCGUGGUCUAUAUCUUCGUGAAUGACGCGGAGCUCCACGUGCGUCGAAAGGUGCACAAUGGAAAAGAUAUACCAUUGGACAUAACGGAUUAUUUGCAUGAGGGCAUCAACAGGGUUUCUAUUCAUUUGAUUCGCAGCGCAGCCGAGGCCAAAGAUGUGUAUUACGUGGCCGGGGUCGAGGUAUUUGAUAUCGCAGAAUAUGCCACUGUCAGGAGUAAUGCACGUGAGCUUCCAGCGUCUGAAUCCCGAGCUCGAAUUCAACAGCGCUUGGCGGCUCGUGCGACAGAUGAUGAACUGAGCAUUGUCAAUGAUGACCUUACUGUAAAUCUGGUCGACCCUUUCAUGGCUCGCAUUUUCAACACCCCUGUCCGUGGUAGCACCUGUGCGCACCAGGAAUGCUUCGAUCUCGAUACCUUCCUCAUGACGAGAGCGUCCAAGUCAGGCAAAGGGCCUAUGAAAGAGAAUUGGAAAUGUCCGAUUUGCGGCGAAGACGCCCGUCCGACGAGCCUCAUAAUCGACGGAUUCCUGGCCGAAGUGCUUGCCGAGCUCAAACGUACCAACCGCGUGGAAGAUGCCCGAGCGAUCCAGAUUAGAGCGAACGGUUCAUGGGAGUUGAAGACCGAUCGGGAACCACAAGCCGCUGAGGAACGGAAUGGGAACAGGGCUGGUAGUGCUGCUAAUGGGGUUGCUGCGAAACGAAAGCACGACGAUGCCACGAGUGCGUCUCCUUUGCCGCAGAGACUCAAGUCUGAAGUAUCGUCCACUCCUAGUGCCGGUGCCGGUGCUGGACGCAGUCCUCAGCCGGAGGUUAUUGAGUUGGAUUAG